AUGGAGGCCAACGAAGACCCCUUGGCUGCUUUAGGAAACGCGGAGCUCGCUCACAUACUGCAGUGCAUCGUCGCCUGCCCUGACGGGCGCAUGGCACUGUCCCGCCUGGGGCCUGUUGCGCUGGUUUCAAGACGGCUGCGCGCGGCAGUGCAGGGCGUCACCGCGACCCAGGCCACCCGCAUCGUCCAUCGGCCAUCCAGUGCGCGCCAGGACGCGUCGCCGAUGCGGCGGCAGCGCCGGCUGAUGAGCGGCGCCGCCGCCGCCCUGGAGAUGGCACGGCUCAGGAGCUUGCACAUUGACGCAGACCCGGCAGGAACCACUAGCAGCGCCGACGGCUGCCUGAGCCGGUUCUUGGCACUCGCUCCGGCCCGUCUUGGGCCCCCGCCGCUGCGCAGCCUGACAAUCGCGGCUGCUGACCUGGCGGCCCUUGCUGGCCGCGCCCGCGACGACGGCACCACCCGAAGGCUGCCGCCGGCGCUGGCGGCUGUGUCGCGCCUGGUCCUGGCCGCAGCGCCACCCGCAGAGUGCACUGCGAGUGUGCCGCCAUGGUCCACGGGCCUCCCACUGCACAGCGUGGCGGCCGCGCUGCUGCAGCUGCCUGAGUUGGCGGAGCUGACGCUGUCCGAGGUGCCGCCCUGCUGCGCCCAGCUGGCCGAGGCGCUGCCGCGCUGCGCGGCGCUGCGCAGCCUCACGCUACGGUGGACCCACCUGGAGCCCUGCGACGCCCUGGGCGGUGCUGCGCCGCCGGCCGCGGCGGCUUGGCUGGGCGCUGCUUGCCGCGUGCGCCGCAGCAGCGGCGAGGACGGCGGUGGCGGGGGCGACGGCGGCGACGGGUGCUUCUGGGCGGGCGCCACGCAGCUACGGGCGCUGGCGCUGCCGGCGCUGGUGGCGCUUGCGGCGCCGCGGUCACUGGCGUGGCUGACGGCGCUGACAGCCCUGGACGCCCUGGCCGGCGCCAGUGGGUCGUGCGGGUGGCACACCCGCGAGGCGAUGGGCCUGCUGCGCCGCCAGCGCUGGCACGGCCUCCCGCCUGGGGCCCCGGCCGCGGAGCUUCUGCGUGCUGCAUUGCCAGUGCGGUCCUUCUCAGCCCUUGCACGCCUGGCUGCGCCGGUUGUGCCUGGCGGCGCUGAAGACCUUCUCGCGGCCGCAAGCGAGCUGCCGGCACUGCGCUCGUUGACGCUGUUUGCUGGCUCGGAGGGCCAGGAGGGUAUGGUGCUGCCGCAGCAAGGGCAGCUGUAUGUGCACCUGGGCCACCUGGCGGAGCUGAACCUGGUCGGGUUUGAACGCGAGUUCGACCUGCUGCCGGGGGGUGCCCUGGCACGGCUUACGGGCCUCAGGGCCCUGCGUUUGACACGAUGUGUGUGGGAGCACUGGGACUACGCUUGGCUGCUCACCCUGGGGGAGGCGGUGCCCACCCUGCAGUCCCUGGACUACGAGAUCAGAUGCCAUUGGAGGGGCAUCGACCACCUCUGGCCGUGCCUCACGAACCUCACCAGCCUCACCCUUCUGCGCUUUGCGACGCCGUCCAGCUGCGAGCAGCCUGACUGGGGGCAGCCUCGCCAGGUGCACUCGUUCACCUGGGCGCGCCCACACCAAGUGCUCACCCCCCUUACUGCGCUGCGCCAGCUGCGCGAGCUGCGAGUCUCUGCACACAACAUGUGCCUGCGCCCUUGCGCUCCGCGUCGCGCCGUCAGCGAGGCGCCCGACCUGCUCAGCAGCCUGACCACGCUCAGUUGUCUGGAGCUACACGUCUGCAGGGGCGCCAGGCAGGCCGCCCCCUGGCUCGCUCCGCUCGCGCCGUCGCUGCGGCGGCUCGUGCUGUCGGAGACGGCGCUUGCGCCGGCGUCCUGCUGGGUGCACCCACCAGACAACACGUUUGCGCCCGAGGCGCUGCGCGGCCUCACGCAGCUGGAGGAGCUGCGGCUGGGAUGGGCCAUGCCGUCCACCGGCAGCUGGCGUUUGCCCGCGUGGCUCACCGAGCUUACGGCGCUGCGGCGGCUGGGGCUGCCAGCUAUCCGCGCUAGUGAUCCUGCGCUGGACUCGCACGUGACGAGGGUCAUUCGAGUGUGCGCUGCCGAGGCAUCCGCAGCAGCCAACCUUCGGCGGCGCCCGUAUGAGGAGCGCGUGGCGGAGGAGUACUCGGAGCAUGAUGUGCAGGACGAGAGGGAGGCGCUGCUGCAGCUGAUGCGCAUGGCUAACAUGCAGCAGGUCAGCCUGGACGCCAGCUGCGUGGCCGCGGCUGAGCUGCUGGCGGGCGCGGGUUACGGCUGCAUGGUGGCGUGCGGCCCGGGGCAGCACCUGGCCAGGGCGGGCGCCGGGCAGGGCGCCGCUAAUGGAUAG